AUGCGCCAGUUAAAUCACGCAACAGACGUAGCAUACUCACUGCCGCCCCUUCCCCUCCAACCCUUCCAGCUGUGCGCUCCAAAGCCGCGGCGCCUGUGCGCAAGGGUGCAUAGUGCACCUGGCGACCCUACGCGCGCGAAAGCCGCGGCGCCCCUGCGCAAGCAGUACAUAGUGCACCUGGCGGCAGUGCCGCCGGUGCUCAACUACCGCGGCGGCGUGGCGGGGCUGGCGGCGACCGCGCCGGAGCUAGACGACAACGACCCCGAGAGCAGCCCCACUGACGCCGAUGACGACGAUAGCGCUCCGGUUGAUAGUCCAGGUGGCGGUUCGGGUGGCGGUUCAAAUGGCGGUUCGGGUGGCGUUUCGGGCGGCGGUUCGGGUGACUCGGGUGGAAAUUCAGGUGAAAGUCCAGGGGGAGGUGCAGGAACGGGAGCAGGAGGAGGAGGAGCGGAUUCAACGGAGGGUCCUUUGCCAAAUGAUGCUACAGCUGGCGGUGCUACAUCCGGUGACGGUACAACCGACGACUCUACAGCCGGAGACAGCAGCGCUACAAAUAUCACGCUGGCAGCAGCGACGCUUCAAGGGCUCAGUGCGGCCCGACUCGCCACCGUUAGUAGCACAUCCGCUGUGCCCCCUCGCUUCGGUACAAUCACGAAAUCGACUUUUGAGGCUCCUCGGAAAGCGAUACGACGGCUUGCGGAUCGGAUUAAGCGGCGCGCGGACGUGCGGCGGGCGAACGUGAAAUCUUUCGUCAACUUCCUGCGAGAUUCGCAGCGGCAGUUUUUGCGAAAGAAUAACAUUUCGCCGUCGCAGCUGUUCCAGAGCUACACGUACACGGUAAACGGGUUCGCUGUAUCGCUGACGGACGUGGAAGCGAAACGGCUGAAGCAGCAUCCUGCCGUGGCGUGGAUCGAAGAAGACAAACCGGUUCGCGCGCUCACCGUGGACUCGCCGACUUUCUUGAAGUUGCCGACCAGCCUGUGGGCUGAAAACGGGGGGCAGAGCCGCGCGGGCGAGGAUGUGAUUAUAGGCGUGAUAGAUUCGGGAAUCUGGCCGGAACACCCUUCUUUCACAAAUACGCCUGCGGACCCUUACGGCCCGGUUCCGGCCCGCUGGUUCGGCGGGUGUGCAGAAACGGCGGAUUUCCCAGCCUCGCUCUGCAACGGCAAAAUCAUUGGCGCAAAAUAUUUCAACAGUGGGUUCCGCAAGUCCGGGCAGAGCGUGGAUCCAAUCAGCGACUUUUCGUCUGCCCGGGAUGGCGAUGGGCACGGCACGUGGUGUUCGGGAGCGGCAGGGGGCAAUGCGAACGUGAGUGUGGUGAUGGGCGGCCGCAAUUAUGGCUCCGCGAGCGGCGUGGCUCCUCGGGCGCGCGUGGCCAUGUACAAGGCGCUCUGGGUGGUGAAGGGCGGCGGCGCUUCAGGCACCAACGCGGACAUCCGAGCUGCUGUUGACACCGCUGUUGCUGACGGCGUGGACGUGCUCUCUCUUUCACUGGGCGGAUCCGUGCCGCAGUACUUCUCCGAUAUACCUUACAUGAAUGCAGCCAAGGCGGGGGUGUUUGUGGCAUUGGCAGCAGGCAACUCGGGGCCGCCCUCCCCCAUGCGCGUCCUGGGGACGCUCAGCAACGCAGCUCCGUGGUACCUGACAGUGGGAGCAACCACCAUUGGUCGGCAGUACUAUGCAACGCUGAGCCUUGGGAACGGAGUGGAGCUCAAGGGGGUGAGCUUUGGAGGCACCGCACAGACAGCCAAUAAAGUGCUCCUGCCCGCUUCUGCUGCUGUCAGGCCUGGCGCCUCUGCCUCUGAUGCCGCUCUGUGUGACAUCACGGCUAUCGACAAAUCAAAGCUGGCGGGGCGAAUCAUCGUGUGCACCUUCCAACCAUCAGCCUCCAAGCCUGCAGGGAUUCCCCUCAGCACCCUUGCUGCUUACAAGGCAGCAGCGCUCGUCCUCCUUAGCGGCUCGCCCCAAACAGACAGCAUGCCCAUGCUCCCUUUCACCGACCUGCCCCUCCUAUACCUGACCAACGCCGUGGGCGGGCAGCUGAAAAACUACCUGCAGCAGACGGCCAAUCCCGUGGCGACACUUGGCGACCGGAAUUUCCAGCAGACAAAGCAUGCGUUUCCGGGGCUGAAGGGGAUCCGGGCGCGCAAGCCGUGGAAUCUCAACCGUCCAACGAUCUCGAUCUCACGGCUGUCGGUCCGCGGGAAGAAGAUAGUGCGCACGGUUCGGAAUGUGUUUGACCAGCUGUCGACGUACACUGUGAAGGUUCGGGUGCCGUCGGACGUGCAGGUUCGGGUGUCGCCGAGCCAGUUUACGGUUGGUCCGGGGGAGGUGCAGCGGAUCACGAUGUUUGUAAAGGCGAAGAAGGUUGUGAGGGCGUUUCUGUUUGGGUCGCUUAGACUGGUGGAUGAGCACGGGCAUGCAGUUAAUAUGCCAAUUGCACUGCGUACGGUGUUACUCUGA